AACCACAGAAAAUAUUGGAAGAACACUAUUACAUACAUGUAUGAUAACUGUGUAUUUAUAGAGUGAUUGCCUUCAAAGAAGAGCAUUAACUAGCAGAAGUGGUAGAACAGAAAGGAGUGCAACAUCCAUUAUUAACAAUAUGCUGUCUAGAAAUAUUCUCAGCUGGUUAGUGCUACUGACCCUGGCUGCUGUUACCAGGAGCGAGCACUAUCACAUUGUGCCAGUGGAUUCAACUGACUUGUGUAAUGACUAUCGAAAUGGAACUUGUUUCACUCUCGAGCAACUUGUUCAAACAGACCUGUUAUCUGGUGGAGACAAUCUCACCUUGAGCUUUCUACCUGGAAAUCAUAUGUUAACUGAGCAGUUAUUGAUUCGUAACUUUUCACACGUGCAUAUCACCGGCCAGAAAAAAAGUACAACUAUAGUCAUAUUCCAUAGCAAUGGUGUGAUACAUUUUAUUAGUAUUACUGAAUUGAGUAUUGACAACUUGGGUUUCGUUGGAGCGAAUGUUGGACCACAAAACUCACAUCAAAUGUUGAUCAUUGAUAGUGCCAAUAAUAUCUAUAUUGACAACUGCAAAUUUUCGGACUUUGAUCAAGCGGAACAUUUAGUACUCAAUAUCUUUGCAUUACUCGAUCAGGUGGAAACCCACAUAGUUAAGAUUGCUAAUACUCAAACUGCAAUAAUUGAGAGCACUCUCUUUAUAAACAACACUGGUCGGGCACUGCACGUUGAGGCUGAUAAUGUGUACAUAACAAAUAGUGAGUUCACUAGAAAUGAUGGAGGUGCAGUUUACAUUAAAUCAAACAAUAUACUGAUCAACAUCAACAACGCGGAGUUCAACUACAACAGUGCUGAAAACGGGGGAGCAGUAGAAGUGGUAUCUGGUACUGUAGUGAUCACUCGGUGUACCUUCACAAAUAAUAAAGCUUCUCAGUUUGGUGGAGGGAUUAAUGUUGGCUCAGGCAGUAGUGUGUCCAUCUCUGACAGUACGCUGACAAACAACGCAGCUGACUAUGGUGGAGCGAUUUAUGCUAGAUCAAGAAGUGUGUUCAUCUCUGACUGUGAACUGACUAACAACAGAGCUAGAAGGAGAGGUGGAGCGAUUCAUGUUUACAAAGGCAAAAACGUGUCCAUCUCCAACAGCACGCUGACAAACAACAAAGCUGGUGGGUCUGGUGGAGCAAUUCGUGUGGAAUCAAGCAGUUUGUCGAUCUUUGAAAGUGAACUGACUAACAACAGAGCUAGAAGGAGAGGUGGAGCGAUUCAUGUUUACAAAGGCAAAAACGUGUCCAUCUCCAACAGCACGCUGACAAACAACAAAGCUGGUGGGUCUGGUGGAGCAAUUCGUGUGGAAUCAAGCAGUUUGUCGAUCUUUGAAAGUGAGCUGACAAACAACAGCGCUAAGAGGAACGGUGGAGCGAUUCGUAUGCUGUCAGGCAACAUGUUCAUCUCCAAAUGUGAGGUUACAAACAACAGAGUAGAACAAAAUGGUGGAGGAGCAAUUCGUGUAGGGUCAGGCAACGUGUCUAUCUCCGAAUGUAAGCUGACUAACAAUAGAGCUAAGAAGAGUGGUGGAGCAAUUUAUGUUAGCUCAGGCAACGUGUCCAUCUCUGACUGUACGUUCUCAGGAAAUGUGUCCAUCUCCGAACACAACGGUGGUGUCUAUGAGGGUAAAGCCAUUUCAGACAGCACCCUAACAAACAACUAUGGUACAGUGAUUGCUGUUUUUCGUCAAUCCACCUUGAUCAUCAACAAUACUAAUAUUACUAAUAGUAAUGGCCCCAUCUAUGCUUUUGGCAGUCGAGUCGAGUUUAUUGGACCUACAACACUCAGUAACAAUCGCGGUGUGUUGGGUGGAACUAUAAGCCUUGACCGGAGUCAAAUGUACAUUAACACAGAAGGAGUUAUCAUCACCAACAACACAGCUAUCUCUGGAGGAGGGAUAUUUCUGAGAGAAAGUACACUUUUUGUGAAUAAGCCAAUAGAGAUCUACCACAACACAGCACAUAAUGGCGGAGGGAUUUAUGCUUAUUCAAGCAUAAUUAAAUUUAAUAAACCAUAUUCGUCUAAACAAAGUGAAAUUGCUAACAACACUGCUAAGAAUGGUGGAGGCAUACAAGCAGUAUCUUCAACUAUUGAACUUAUUCAAUCAUACGUCAACAUCGACUCAAACACAGCUAAAGCUAGUGGAGGUGGAAUGUAUUUACAGCAAAGUUCGAAAUUAUACCACCUUUUUAAAAAAAUCGAUAAAUUAAAAAAUACGAUUGAUGUCAAGUUAAUGAUUAACAACAACUUGGCUCAGUACGGAGGGGGAAUAUUUGUGGAAGAUGACACACAGACGAGUGCGUGUGGAAGAGAGGCCACAGAAACAAUUUUUUCUGAAUGUUUUAUUCAAACUAUUGAGCUUAAUCAAAGAAAAACUAAAACUCUAAGCUAUUUCAUCACAUUCAUGGCUAACAACACAGCUACCCAGUCAGGAGCAGACAUCUAUGGAGGUCUGUUGGACAGGUGUAUAGCAAAAUAUCACAUCUAUUCUUUAAAUGGAUUGGAAUACAUAAUUAAAACUGUGAAAUCCUCCUCCAAAUUAUCAAUCUCCUCUAGGCCUGUUCAAGUAAUUAUUUGCAAUAAUGACCAUAUUUCUUCAAGAAAGGGGCACAUGUUUAGAAUCAGUGUUAUGGCUAUUGACCAAGUUGGAAAUCCUACAAAUGCCACAAUUCACAGUUCUGUUAUCAGUGAAAGUGGAUUUGUUCGUCUCAAAGAAGGACAGGCAAAACAAGAAGUUGGCAAUCAGUGCACAGAAUUAGAGUACAAUGUGUUCUCACAAGACAGGUCUGCUCAAGUGGAACUCUAUGCUGAAGGUCCAUGCAUCAAUUUGGGAAUUUCAAGACAACUUAUUAAUAUUUCUUUUCUACCCUGCACAUGCCUUAUUGGGCUCAAGCCAAUUCAGUCGGAUAUUGAGUGCAAGUGUGACUGUGAUCCAGACUUGCAAGUAUAUCAGAUAACAAACUGUUCUGAGGAAAAUGGGACCAUAAAGCUGGAAAGUAAUAACAACAUAUGGAUACAGUUCAUAAAUACUACCAAUGAAACAGGGUAUGUUGUUAGUAACUGUGCAUUUGACUAUUGUGUAGAAAAACCAGUCCACAUCAGUCUAAGCAACCCUGACGAACAAUGUGCUUACAAUCGAAGUGGUGUCUUGUGUGGAGAAUGUGAACCAGGACUAAAUCUUGUGCUGGCUACGUCAAACUGUAAAGAAUGCUCUAAUCUUUACCUUCUUCUACUAAUUCCAUUUGCGCUGGCAGGCAUAUUGCUAGUUGCUUUAAUUCUCGUGCUCAACAUCACUAUAGCAACUGGAAAUAUUCAUGGCCUCAUUUUUUAUGCCAACGUAGUAGCUGCUAAUAGAGCAAUUUUCUUUCCUAGUGUAAAAAACUUUUUAACAGUUUUUGUAUCAUGGGUGAAUCUUGACCUGGGAAUCGAGAUAUGCUUUUACAAUGGAAUGAACUCUCAAGGAAAAGCGCUCAUUCAACUUGUCUUUCCCACUUACCUAUUUUUUCUAAUGCUUCUUAUUAUACUUUUGAGCAAGUACUUUGACUCAUUUUCAAAGCUCCUCUCCAACAGGAACCCAGUUGCUGCCCUAGGCACACUCGUCCUACUCUCUUAUUCUAAAUUCUUACGAUUUAUUGUUGCAGCACUACAAUACACAGAAUUGCAUUAUCCUGAUGGUUCAACCAAGACUGUUUGGUUGUUUGACGGCAAUGUGCAAUAUUUCACUUUCAUUCACAUUCCUCAGUUUAUUGCUGCUAUCAUAAUCCUCAUUGCUGGUGGAUUGUUCACUGUAAUGCUCUUCUUUGGACAAUGGUUUCCUCGCUGUUCGAAGGUUAUAAUAUGGACCAAGAACACAUACUACAAUGGUUUCAUGGACGCAUACCAUGCUCCAUUCACUCCCAAGCAUCGCUACUGGGUGGGACUGCUCCUCUUUGCUCUGAUUGCUCAUAAUCUAGUAGUUUCCAUGGCUCCAAACACGUCUCUUCCUGUUUUAUCUGCUGGAUGCAUUGCAUUCGGACUGAUAACAUUGACCAACCGAGUGCACAAAAAGCAAUUUAAUGAAUAUAUAGAAACAUUCUUUCUGCUUAAUCUCGGCAUUCUAUCUAUUGGCACUUCCUAUGUUGUUGAAACACACCAACAGCAAGAAACAUUGACCAUUGUUUCAAUGUCUAUAGCUUUCAUCCUUUUUGUGAUAAUAAUCAGCUACCAUUUCUACCAUUUCAUACUAAAGACCACCAAGAUAUGGCUUAAGAUAAAGGAAGUCACAAAGAAGUUGAGAAUUGGUGCUACAGAGAAAAAGAAUCAACAACCUAAGAAUGCCAUGGCAAUGCAUCAGCUUGCAGCCAAUGAUGACGAUGAGCAACUUAAUAAUGCUGAGCAAAUAAACAUUGUGAAUCCACCCCCGUACACAAAUGGAGCCAUGGAAGAAGCUGACCCUGAUCGCUACAUCACUCCUCCCAUCAUCAGACCAGCCACGAGGCCGGAACAGCUGAGACUCUCCUACAUGGAUGAACUAGCCCCCCUCACCACAGAGGACUACAGACCAGCCCCUCCCCCUCCAAGAGUCAACCGUCGUCCUGCUGUUACAUACACAGAAAUCACCGGACCCUGUGCGCAAUGAAGUGUGAACUGCCGCCUUACUUGAUACAAUUUUACAUGUACAGCUUAAAAAACAAUGUUCGUUUUCACUAGUUAACUGCAUGAAUAGUUAUUAGCUGUUGUUGAUAAUUUUAGUAAAGAGAGAUAGGCUUUCUGGU